CUACUCUAUUAUUUUGUACGUCACGACAAUCAACAGAGACGAUGGAUGGGCCCAAAGUACAGCUGGAAUUCAUAAUUGAUUGGCAACCUAUCUGUUUCUUCUUCACUUCUCAUCUCUCUCUCUCUCUGUCUCUCUGUCUCUCUGCAUUUUCCCUUCAAAGUUCAGACCAACCAUGGAGGUUGUUGGAGAGCUUCUUCUUUCUGCCGCCUUGCAAGUGCUGUUUGAUAAGUUGGCCUCCUCUGAUUUCCUCAGCUUUGCCCGACAAGAACACAUUCAUUCUCAACUCAAAAAGUGGGAGACCCAACUCUUCAAUAUUCGUGAAGUGCUCAACGACGCCGAGGAUAAGCAGAAUGAAAGUACCUCUGUCAAACUCUGGCUUGCUGAGCUCAGGAUCUUGGCGUAUGACAUGGAGGACAUCCUCGACGAGUUCAACACCGAAAUGCUGCGACGCAAGCUGGCAGUGCAACCUCAGGCGGCUGCCGCCUCCACGAGCAAGGUAUGGAGUCUCAUCCCUUCUUGCUGUACUAGUUUCACUCCCAGUCAUGUUACUUUUAAUGUUAGCAUGGGAUCCAAGAUCAAGGAUAUCACCAGCCGCUUGGAAGAUAUUUCCACUCGCAAAGCCGAACUGCGUUUGAAAAAGGUUGCAGGAACGACUACUACUUGGAAAAGAACACCCACCACAUCUUUGUUUAAUGAACCACAAGUUCAUGGCCGAGAUGAUGACAAAAACAAGAUGGUAGAUUUGCUGCUCAGCGAUGAAUCUGCUGUUGUCCCCAUCGUUGGUAUGGGCGGGUUGGGUAAAACCACAUUAGCCAGACUUGCGUAUAACGAUGAUGCGGUGGUGAAGCAUUUUAGUCCAAGAGCAUGGGUUUGUGUGUCUGUUGAGUCUGAUGUGGAGAAAAUAACAAAGGCUAUUCUCAGCGACAUCUCUCCCCAGAGCAGCGAUUCCAACAAUUUCAAUCGACUCCAAGUUGAAUUAAGCCAAUCAUUAGCUGGAAAAAGGUUUUUGCUUGUCCUGGAUGAUGUUUGGAACAUGAACUAUGAUAAUUGGAAUGACUUGCGAUCCCCUUUCAGGGGAGGGGCUAAAGGAAGUAAAGUCAUAGUAACCACACGUGAUCGAGGAGUGGCAUUAAUAAUGCAACCAUCUGUUAACUACCACCACUCUCUUGAGCGUUUAUCAGGCGAUGACUGCUGGUCGAUAUUUGUACAACAUGCAUUUGAAAACAGAGACAUCCAAAAACAUCCCAAUUUAAAAUCAAUAGGCAAGAAGAUUGUGGAAAAGUGCGAUGGUUUGCCGUUAGCAGCAAAGGUGCUUGGUGGCCUCUUACGCUCCAAGCAGCGAGACGAUGAAUGGGAGCAUAUAUUGAAUAGCAAAAUUUGGACCUUACCAGAAUGUGGCAUCAUUCCUGCAUUACGGUUGAGUUAUCAUCAUCUUCCAGCGCAACUAAAAAGAUGCUUUGUUUAUUGCGCAACAUUUCCUCAAGACUACGAAUUUAGGGAAACUGAGCUAGUUUUGUUAUGGAUGGCAGAGGGAUUAAUUCAACCAUUGGAAGGAAAUAAGCAAAUGGAAGAUUUAGGUGCUGAGUACUUUCGUGAAUUGGUGUCGAGGUCAUUUUUCCAACAGUCUGGAAAUGGUGGAUCACAAUUCGUCAUGCACGACCUCAUUAGUGAUCUAGCUCAAUCAGUUGCUGCACAACUAUGUUUCAAUUUGGAGGAUAAGUUGGAGCAUAAUAAGAACCAUAUCAUUUCACGAGACACUCGCCAUGUGUCAUUCAAUCGUUGUUUUGAUGAGAUCUUUAAAAAAUUUGAAGCUCUCAACGAAGUGGAGAAGUUACGAACAUUUAUAGCGUUACCAAUUUAUGUUGGACCUUUUUUUGGACCGUGCCAUUUAACUAGUAAGGUGUUUAGUUGCUUGUUCCCCAAACUAAGAUAUUUAAGAGUGCUAUCUUUGAGUGGGUAUUGGAUAAAAGAGUUGCCAAACUCAAUUGGAGAUUUAAAGCAUUUACGAUAUCUUAAUUUUUCCAAUACAUUUAUUGAAAGGCUACCAGAAUCGAUAAGUGAGCUCUACAAUUUACAAGCCUUAAUAUUGUGUCAAUGUCGAUAUCUUGCAAUGUUACCUAAGAGCAUCGGGAAUUUGGUUAAUCUUCGACAUCUGGAUAUUACUGAUACAAGGAGCUUAAAGAAGAUGCCUCCACACAUAAGUAACUUGGUAAAUUUGCAAACACUAUCAAAAUUUAUGGUGGAGAAAAAUAAUAGCUCAUCAAGUAUAAAAGAAUUGAAGAAGUUGUCGAAUAUUAGAGGGACACUUUCCAUUUUAGGGUUGCAUAAUGUGGCGGAUGCUCAAGAUGCAAUGGAUGUGGAUUUGAAGGGGAAGCAUAACAUUAAAGAUUUAACAAUGGAAUGGGGCUAUGAUUUUGAUGAUACUCGCAAUGAAAAGAAUGAAAUGCAAGUUUUGGAGUUGCUUCAACCUCAUAAAAAUCUGGAAAAACUCACCAUCUCAUUUUAUGGUGGAGGAAUAUUCCCAAGUUGGAUUGGGAACCCUUCAUUCUCACUGAUGGUGCAGUUGUGUCUCAAAGGUUGCAGAAACUGCACACUGUUACCAUCUCUUGGGCAAUUGUCCUCGCUCAAAAACUUGCGCAUUCAAGGAAUGAGUGGAAUAAAAAAUAUAGAUGUUGAGUUUUACGGGCCGAAUGUGGAGUCUUUUCAAUCGUUGGAGUCUCUAACCUUUUCGGAUAUGCCAGAGUGGGAAGAAUGGCGUUCUCCCAGUUUCAUUGAUGAAGAGAGAUUAUUUCCUCGCCUCCGUGAGCUUAAGAUGAUGGAAUGUCCAAAGUUGAUUCCUCCGCUUCCAAAAGUUUUACCUCUCCAUGAAUUAAAAUUAGAAGCAUGUAACGAAGAAGUGUUGGGCAGAAUUGCAGCUGAUUUCAACUCCCUUGCAGCGUUGGAAAUUGGAGAUUGCAAAGAGGUGAGAUGGUUGAGAUUAGAAAAGCUCGGCGGGCUGAAGCGUUUAAAGGUGCGUGGAUGUGAUGGACUCGUAUCCUUGGAGGAGCCAGCUCUACCAUGCAGUCUUGAAUAUCUGGAAAUAGAAGGGUGUGAAAAUCUUGAGAAGCUGCCAAAUGAAUUGCAAAGUCUCAGGUCAGCAACUGAGUUAGUAAUCCGAGAGUGUCCGAAGCUUAUGAACAUUCUGGAGAAAGGGUGGCCGCCCAUGCUAAGGGAACUUCGAGUGUAUGAUUGUAAGGGUAUCAAGGCACUACCAGGUGAUUGGAUGAUGAUGAGGAUGGAUGGUGACAACACCAACUCCUCAUGUGUCCUUGAAAGAGUGGAAAUUUGGUGGUGUCCAUCUCUCCUUUUCUUUCCAAAAGGUGAAUUACCCACCUCACUUAAACGACUGAUAAUUCGAUUUUGUGAAAAUGUCAAGUCCCUACCGGAGGGUAUUAUGCGCAAUUGCAAUCUCGAGCAGUUGUAUACUGGGAGAUGUUCAUCUCUGACCUCAUUUCCAAGUGGUGAGUUACCCUCCACCCUUAAGCGCCUCAGCAUUUGGAAUUGUGGGAAUCUGGAAUUGCCGCCGGAUCACAUGCCCAACCUCACAUAUCUUAAUAUUGAGGGAUGUAAGGGUCUCAAACAUCAUCACUUGCAAAACCUCACUUCUCUUGAACUUCUGUAUAUAAUUGGAUGUCCCAGUCUAGAGUCAUUACCGGAAGGGGGUUUGGGUUUCGCCCCCAACUUGAGAUUUGUUACAAUUGUCAAUUGUGAGAAGCUGAAGACGCCUCUGUCAGAGUGGGGACUCAACAGGCUCCUCUCUCUCAAAGACCUCACCAUUGCUCCAGGUGGAUAUCAAAAUGUGGUUUCAUUUUCACAUGGUCAUGAUGACUGCCACCUUCGUCUUCCUACAUCUCUCACCGAUCUUCACAUUGGAAAUUUCCAGAAUCUGGAAUCCAUGGCCUCCCUGCCUCUCCCGACCCUCGUCUCCCUUGAACGUCUUUAUAUCCGGAAUUGUCCAAAGCUCCAGCAGUUUUUGCCAAAGGAAGGGCUGCCGGCAACACUCGGUUGGCUUGAGAUCUGGGGUUGUCCUAUCAUAGAAAAGAGGUGCUUAAAGAACGGAGGAGAAGAUUGGCCCCACAUUGCCCACAUCCCCGUCAUUGAUAUAGGCCGCAAUUGAGACCUUCACUCAAUUUUCUCUCUGCAAAGCAAAUGAGAGCAGACGUUAUUCAACCAGGUCUGUCCAAUUGAAUUUGGACUUCAUGUUGGAGACUCUUAAGUUUUGUAUUGAAUCUUGUGUGGUCAAUUGCUAUUUCUCGGUUGUUUCUCUUCUUUACAAAGCAAUGUUUAUAGUGCGAUGAGUGAAUCAAGGGUAACCCGGUGAGAAUAAGGCCAUGACUGGAGUGAAGCUAUAUAUAUGCAGUUUGCCAUUGAGGAUGGAUGAGGGAUGGAAUACAAUCUAGUAGAAUCUUGCUGAUUUUGCCAGAAGAGCAUAUGGAACCGUCUAUGUUGAGACAUUGUCAGUUCAAGUUCAUGCAAAUUGCCCGCUGAGAAGGAUUUAUUUCUCUGACCCCCUUUACUUGGAAGAAGAACUCCCACCAGAAUUCGAACUGUAUCUUCCAAUGCAGAAAGCAUGAUGGGGUUUGUGGCACAGUAAGCUAAGGGAUUAGUGCUGCCCAUGUUCUCAGAACACAGUAUCUUCAAAAUUCAGAAUGUGUUUCUUCACCAAGGGAUGACAUUUAAUCCUGCUGAGAUGAACACCAUCUUUUCUACUUGCUUGAUGCUUGUUUAAAAUAUUACCAUUUUAGGAUUUCAUAAAGUGAAUAUAUCUUAUUUCGUCAAGCCCAUUUUGUGGGUGGAAUGGGGAUUUCAUGAUUUGAGUAUUUCUAUUUCAUACUGCACUUUUUGUGGUCACAAUUCAAUGGAUGUACUAUUGUAGUGGUGAAACUUCUUCAUAACACAAGGCUGUGUUUUGAGCAAUGAAUCAAAUGAUUUUGCAGAA